AUACGCAUGGUAAUAGUGUUCUGGAGUCAAAGACUAAAAAGCCCGAAUAAUUCAGGGACAAACUGGUCCAGCAGAUUUUGGACAAAUGGGCCCUAACCCAUAUAUGUCAACAGAUAUCUUGGUUGAUAUGCUUUCCACCGAAUGUCGCCCACCUUCUACUCCAUACACCAUCUAUAAAAAUACUACUGCUUGUUUGCCAUUGCCAUUACCCCCUCUAAACUAAACAAGAGACAACGUCCCCUCCUCCCCCCUCCCUCAUACACCCCCACUCUUCUUGUCAAUGUCUAGCAAAAGAUCAAGUGCCCGAGCAAAUGAAAAUAAUGAAGAUUUUAGCCUCAAACUUGGGGAGUUGUUGUCGACUAACAAGAAGAAGAAAAGAAAUGCAAGUAAGCUUCUGGAUAAGACAUGCAGUCAUAUUAAGAGGCUUAAUGGAGAGGUUGAUGAUUUAAGCAAUCGAAUAUCGGAGUUAAUGGCUUCUCCAGACACCAAUAAGAGCAUUAAAGCAAACAUCCUUACACAACUUCUCCAACAAUAAUCUCUGCAAAUUUUGCUCUUAGAGUAAAAUAUAUAUACAUACAUAUAUGUUUCGGCUCAUUGUAAGAUACAUAUUUAUGUCAGUCUUUGUCUUUGGGUUGUU